UUCCGCCGCCGCUCACGGCCCGCGCGGGGGGCAGGGCAGGGGGCGGCGGCCCGCCCGCCCUCGCCAUCCCUUUAAAGCGUGGCGGGCGAGGGCCGGGCACGGUGAGCCUGGCGGGCUGCAAGAGCGCCGCGCCGCCGGGAGCCGCGCGAGCUGCCGGGCGCGCGGGGCUGCCUCUCCCGGCCCGGCGUGACUGGCUCCCCGGCCGCCGCCCGCGCCCGGCUCCCCGCCAUGCGCCCAGGCUAGUGCCCCGGGCACCUAGCCGCCGGCAUGCUACGCCCGCUGCUGCUCGCCGCGCUCUGCCUGGCCGGCCGGCUCGCGCCCGCCCGCGCCUGCCAGCUGCCCUCUGAGUGGCGCCCCCUGAGCGAGGGCUGCCGCGCCGAGCUGGCCGAGACCAUCGUAUACGCCAAGGUGCUGGCGCUGCACCGGGAGGUGCGCGGCCUCUACAACUAUCUGCCGUGGCACUACGAGGCCAGCGAGGCGGGGCUCCUCUACUCCGCCGAGGUCGAGAUGCUGUGCGACCAGGCGUGGGGCAGCAUGCUCGAGGUGCCCGCGGGCUCCAGGCUCAACCUCACGGGCCUGGGCUACUUCUCGUGUCACUCCCACGCCGUGGUCCAGGAUUACUCGUAUUUCUUCUUCCUGAGGAUGGAUGAAAAUUAUAACCUCUUGCCUCAUGGAGUAAAUUUCCAAGAUGCCAUCUUUACAGACACUCAAGAGAACAGAAGUAUGUUUUCCAGCCUUUUCCAGUUUUCCAACUGUUCUCAAGGGCAGCAACUGGUGACAUUUCCCAGUGACUAGGAGAUCCAGGAAGACAGUAGGCUCAUGUGCUCCUCAGUGCAGAAGGCCUUGUUUGAGUAGGAGGACCACAUCAAGAAACUGCAGCAGAAGGUGGCCACUCUGGAGAAGCGGAACAAACAGCUCCGCGAACGGGUGAAGAAGGUCAAGAGGUCUUUAUGGCAGGCACAGAAGAACGGCCGCCACCUGGGAAUGGUGAACCAGAACCUCAGCAAGAAGCUGGCAGCCACGGCCGGUGCCAUCCCGCAUAUCAACGCCCUGGGGCAGGAGACUGCAGGGGCCACCUACCUGCGGGGGUAG